GUGGUUAAGAGCUCAGCUGCUAACCAAAAGGUCAGCAGCUGCUCCUUGGAAACCCUGUGGGGCAGUUCUCCCCUGUCCUGUAGGGUUGCUAUGAAUCGGAAUCUACUUGACAGCAAUAGGUGAUGCAAAACCAGCAGCCAACGUUAUUCUUGAUGGAGAGAAACUGAAAGCAUUCCCCUUGAGAAGGGGAACUAGACAAAAAAAAACACCACUUUUAUUCAGUAUUGUACUAGAAAUCCUAGCUAGAGCAGUAAGGCAAGAUAGGGAAAUAAAAGGCAUCCACAUUGAUAAUGAAGAAGUAAAACUAUCCCUAUUUGCAGAUGACAUUAUCCUAUAUAUAGAAAAAUCCCAGAAACUGCAAGAAAGCUACUGGAACUAAUAGAAGGAUUUAGCAAAGUGGUGGUGUACAAGAUACAACAAUUGGUCACUUCCUAUCUGGAGCAAAGAAGAGUGAAGAAAACCAAAGACUCAAGGAAACAAUUAGUCCAAAGGACUAAUGGACCAUGUCAAUCCCAGUCUGCAUUAUCCUGAAACUAGAAGAACUAGAUGAUGCCUGACUACCACUACUGACUCCCCUGAACGGUCUGACCAGGGCCACAAUAGUAGAUCACGGACAAAGUGGAAGAGAAGUGUGUAACACAGUUCAAACUUGUAAAUAAGACCAGACUUACUGGUCUGGAAGAGACUAACUUGGAACUGAAUUCACUCCUGGAGAUCACAUUACAGGCCUAUAAAAUGAACAAUAAUACUAAUACCAGUGAGGAACAGACAUCUCUGAACAGUCAACUAUAUGAGACCUAAAAGGCAGCAUUUGCCCAAAAGCAAACUACAGAAGGAUGGUACGGGCAGGAAGGCUGGGACAGUUCGUGUCUGGUUAAAGAGAGACAGCGGACAGUACUGGCCAAGUAUAUAUCAUGCAAUGCCUUCUCCAUGUUCAUGCAUGUCUUUUAACCCGGAAACCAGAAGACUGUCCAUAGGUCUAGACAAUGGUACAAUCUCAGAGUUUAUUUUGUCAGAAGAUUACAACAAGAUGACUCCUGUGAAAAAUUACCAAGCACAUCAGAGCAGAGUGACGAUGAUCCUGUUUGUCCUGGAACUGGAGUGGGUGCUGAGCACGGGACAGGACAAGCAGUUUGCCUGGCACUGCUCCGAGAGUGGACAGCUCCUGGGAGGUUAUCGCACCAGUGCAGUGGCCUCGGGCCUGCAAUUUGAUGUUGAAACCCGGCAUGUGUUUAUUGGUGACCACUCAGGCCAAGUUACAAUCCUCAAACUGGAGCAAGAAAACUGCACCCUGGUCACAACGUUCAGAGGCCAUACAGGUGGGGUGACUGCUCUCUGUUGGGACCCGGUCCAGCGAAUGCUCUUCUCAGGCAGUUCAGAUCACUCUGUCAUCAUGUGGGACAUCGGUGGGAGAAAAGGGACAGCCAUCGAGCUCCAAGGACACAAUGACAAAGUCCAGGCCCUCUCCUAUGCGCAGCACACGAGGCAGCUCAUCUCAUGUGGCGGUGAUGGUGGGAUCGUCGUCUGGAACAUGGACGUCAAGAGGCAGGAGACCCCCGAGUGGCUGGACAGUGACUCUUGCCAGAAAUGUGAUCAGCCUUUCUUCUGGAACUUCAAGCAGAUGUGGGACAGUAAGAAGAUUGGCCUCAGACAGCACCAUUGCCGCAAGUGCGGGAAGGCAGUUUGUGGCAAGUGCAGUUCCAAGCGCUCCUCCAUCCCCCUGAUGGGCUUCGAGUUUGAAGUGAGGGUCUGUGACAGCUGCCACGAGGCCAUCACAGAUGAAGAACGCGCGCCCACGGCAACCUUCCACGACAGUAAACAUAACAUCGUGCACGUGCAUUUUGAUGCAACCAGAGGGUGGUUACUGACUUCCGGGACUGACAAGGUUAUCAAGUUGUGGGAUAUGACUCCAGUAGUGUCGUGAUGACACUCCCGGAAUCAGAAAGAAUUUACUGAAGAAAUGGUUGUUCUAAUCCCAGUCACUGCUGAAGAUGUAAAUGAAGGCAGCCGCAUGAGGAGAGAGAGACCACAUGAGGAGAGACUGCGCGGAAUCUGGAUGAGUUUGCAUACGCAAACAGUGGCGAGCUGGUGAGGGAACACUUGCGAAGGGACUCUUUCAGCUUGUUCAUACAGUAUCAAAGAAGGUAUUUUUUUUAACGAAUGGUUUAUACAGCCUGGCUGUGCUACCUUGUUUUGAGUAUAAUGAAAAAUCUGGGAUGUCUAAUUUUUGUAUUUUUCAAGACUUCAUUUUACUUGUUGGUUUGUGUGUCAGAGAAAUGAGGGAGGUAUCUGUUCAGGGUAUUUUUGGUUAUUAUAAAGUAGUUCUUGUGUUCUCUUCACUUCGGCAUGUAUCACGUGGUCAGCAUCUUUUUCUUCCCGUCUCUCUGCAUUUAACCAUCGUCUGCCGUUUCCCAGAGUGUCUGUGUUUCACUGUUUACUCCCAGCGCCUCUGCGUUCAUAUCCUCUUCAGUGGAGAGAUUUGGGAAGCCAUUUGUGUGGAUUUACCGACUGACUUGAAUCACUUGGAGAAUGGUCUGUUUGUAAUGCCUGACUCAUCCGUGUUGUUAUGCAGUAGAGAUGACCCUGCCUUCCCGCCUCAGUGUUCUCUGUCUUUCCCACAUUGGAAAUACUGUGCAAAAGCUGCUUCCUGGUCAUCAUCCUCACAGAAGUAGAUGGUUACAACUCAGAGCUUCAAGCCUCAGUGCCUGGAUCAUUUAGAACUAACCCAGUGGGAGCCUCGUGGACCUUUUAUACCUUAGUUUUACUUGGCACAGCCAGUCCUCACUCAUAAUAUUUAAAACAGACAGACAAACAAACCCUACAUGCUUCAAGAACCAGUAUCUUAAGAUGUGCUUUUCCAUGUGACAUCACCUCUGAGCUUGAACACGUUCACUCCUGUGAGAUUGUAGGCUUGCUCUAUCCUUCAUUGUCUGUAUUUUUUUUCCCCUUAAAAACAAGUUAUUUCAACUUUUGUAUCUUAAUGUAUUUUAUCAGAACACUUUGCACACUUUCAUACUAAAACUGAACGUGAUCUGCGACAUAAAGGUACUCAGUCCUACAGCUCAGCCUGUGUCCUGUUGAGACUGUGAAAGAAGCUUCAGAACAGGAACCUGAAGGACUCUUUAUUUCUAAGGAAAUCCACUCAAGCUUGAUAAAGUGGGAUAUUCCUGUUGUAGUCACUCAACUCAGGAUUUUGAAGUCCUUAUUUAAAAAAAGAAGCUAUUUUCACCUGUGAAAAUAACAUUAAACAACAGUUAGCUGCACACACGGACCAUGUGCCUGCCCCUCCUAAGCAUGUUCGCACACUGUCUCAUCCGUCCUCACCUGUCGGGAGGGGAUCGCCAGGUUAAACAAAGCCGUGCAGAUCAAUGGGCGAUGGCUUGCCCCACCCACCCAAGCACUGCCUCUGCAGCGUCUCGUCCACUUCUGACGUGACGUUUUGCGAGCAGUGUUGGAGUGAAAUUGAAACCCUCCCUAUUUUCCCAGAAAGCAGUUUUGCCCCUUCAUGAUCAUUAAUUACCUUUCUUUCUAACCAGGGAAAGUACUACAAGCCAUACGCGCAUACCACCCCUAACAUGGGCAAAGUGUGCUUGCUGGGGACGGGGCUCCCAAGAGGUGGCUGUGCUCCACCACCACGGGAAGCAGGCCCAACGUGCCUGUUCCUGUCAGCCACCUCACAUGAUGGCCACCGCCCAGAAUCAGACCAGAAUGACCAUGCGACCCUAACUCUAAGGAUGCACGUGCGCACACACACACGUGAGCAAUUACCACGUACCCCUCACUGCCCCCUCCUUCCACACCGCCCUUGCUUGCUGUCAGUCAGAGCUGUUAUAAUAACUACUUUGAGUCUUUUCUGCAUGAUUGCUCUGUGAGAGAGCAUUAAAAAGGGAAUUAAAUUUAAAAUAUUCAAAUAUUUUAUACUUUAUUACUAGGACCUAUAACCACUUACUAAGUUUCACGUAUUAGAGUAACCGUGCAUUGGAAAUGAGGAAUGGAAAUGAAUUGCUCUGUUAUACCUUCUGAAACUUUGGAGCCUGGCCUGCAUACAGACAGGGAAACACAGUAGCUCAGGUGCCAGCAAGCCUUCUAGAUGAGCUCAGACCUCAUUUGGGAAGCCGAUCGCCCCACUGGAACCCACAUGUACACCGUGGCCACUCUGCUCUGUGCCCUGCACUGCACUCAAGCCCACAGCCAUGCAGAGGUUGAAACCACUGGUGGUCAGAGUCAGCUAGACCCCGCAGACACGUCAGGGUGUCCGUCGCCCAGCUUUUUCUUUCUCCUCAUCUGCUGUAGGUGCAUGAAUUUGGUGAAGAGAGUUUAGCAAACCAAGUAUGUGGUACUCGGAAUACUGUGAAUUCUUGAGUUUUACAUUAAAGUAAGUGUCUCCACCGUACUCGUAACUCACAGAAAUAUUUGCUGGUAUUGGGUGUCUCCCAAGCGUCUUACGGACAUGGAGACUUCCCUCAUGAGGAGUGGAAGCUGGCCCAGCAGUUGGCGUUUCUCCUGUCUGGGUUAAUUAACUAUCACAGUUCUUGUUUUGCCCUCUAGGGUUUGCACUUUACAUGUAUUUUUUUCUCUGUCACUUAAACACAAAAGCGCUUUGGCAAGUAAUGCCUAGCAUGGCUAUGUUGGAAAAGUGACAGAACUGUGCUUAUUAUACAUGCUAGUUGUUGUUUUCUGUUUGGCAGAACAAAACCAAUCACAUGCUCUCAGUUUCUCCAAAGGAGGGAUGUUAACUGGGGUCUUCAGCUUCUUGGGUAAAGUCCACAAUAGCAAAAGUGAUUUUAGGUUAAAUACUUAGAAUCUUGUCUGCUUUUAUAAGAGAUUAAUCAACCAUGAUCAGUUUUUAGGGUGUAUUUUUCAUUUGAUUAUUUGAAUUAUUCAGAGAAUCAUAAAACCACAAAAUUGGAAGGGAUCUUCAAAGAUCUAGAAGAUUCCAACCACAAAACACUUGAUUGACCCCAGACGGGUAUAAACAAAUCUGGAAGGAGAAUUCUCAAGGAACAGUUGUUUUUGAACAUUAGCUGGUAAUGUGCGAGUGGGAGGCAUGGAGUCCUCCAGACCCAGGAGUGCCCCUCAGCCUAAGUGCCUGGGCACGUGGGCCCUGUGGCUGAGUAGGGGUCCUGGCAGCGCAGCACCAGUCGUCAUCAGUGUAACCCUUCCUGCACUGUCCACCACAGGCUACUCUGGUGGCAAAGCUUAAGCAGAAGUACAGGGCCCUGAAAAUGCCUUUCACCCAUCUGUGUGAGGGCUGGCUUGGAGCAGCCUGGCCCGCAGCACCUGCCCUUCUUGUGGGCAUCACCUGUUUGCACCCUGAACUUCACUUUGAAAAACUAUAAUUCAUUUUUGCUUAACAUUAGUUAAUUUUUAAAGCCCCGAUUUUGGCUUUUAAGCAAAAGGAUAGCUCCAAGCUAUAUAUCAAAAUUACUAUACAUAUUCAGUGAAUGAGAUUCAUUUGGUUUUGUCUUUCCAUAGUAGUUUAAUUGUAUGUAAAUGACCCUGUUCACUAAGAUUUAUAUUUUAAAGUGAAAAUAUUUUGCCAAAACAUGCUUAUUUUUGCCUCCUUUAAAAUGAUUUUAAGUUGAAUUUUCCUGAUAAGAAAGUGAAUGUCUUGCAACUUGAUUGUAAAACAGAGAAAUUAGGUCCGUUUUGAGCACUGAGUUAUCCAGAUGAUGCUUGAGGGUCUAUGCGUUGAACUAGCCACUGGGGUUAGAGGUCUCUGGGGCUCCUCUCCUGGCCUGGGCUGAGGCCACACAGAUGAGUAAAUGGACUGUCUCAGUAGAUGUGGCAGAUGCGGUGGUGAAGGUAUGCAUGGGGCCCUCCUCCAGCUGGAGGGGAUCCGCAGAGGGAGGGACUUCUGAGUGGAGUUAAAAGAUGAGCAGGAGUGGGGCAGGUGAGGGGGACAUGAAAUGACUUUCAGGCUCUGACACAGCUUCACCAACGCCCAAGAUCUCGAAUGGGCCUGGUGUGCUCAGGGACCUCGGGUGGCUUGGAGUUGCCAGAGAACACCAAGUGCCUUGACUGCAGUCUUGGAGCCUGGUCUCUUGUUGUCAGGAGACGCUGAUGCUCUGUGAACGCAGAACAACAUGGUCGGCUAUGAGAUGCCACUCAGAGGUUCAUCAUGCUCUGAUUCAGUCAGGUUUCCUGCCCCAGUGCUAACAUCAGUUUCUUUUUCUUUGGAAAUGCCUAGAAUUGUUAUCUGAAAUUUAGUUACCCCAUGGUAACUAAUUUGGAACUUUCUGGGUGCGUUGCCCUUCCCUGCAGGCUGUGAGGUGAAGCUGGAGACCGUACGUGCCACAGACCUUGCCUGGAAAGGACUAAUAUACUGAUUAGGUAAUUCUACAGGUGGGCCAGGCCCAGCCGCUCACACCACUUGGUGAAAGGAAAGAGGUUGGACUGUGGCAGGAGAAGACUGUUGUGGACAACUGUGCGUACAUUACACUAACUCGCAGCGUCGAGUGUGUGGUGCAGGGCAGGCGCUGCUGCCCCCACUUCCUCCUCAGCCUUAGAUCAUUCAUGCAAGAAGGUGAUAAAUCCCUGUCGCAAUGGCCUUCGCUGAGUGGAACCAAGUUUUUUCUCCAUUCAGUUAUAGAAAAAAAGGGCUUUGGGCAGCUCCUGCUGGGGAAACCUGGCUCUGCAGAGGCAGGAGCACCCCAGCUUCAUGGCAGGAAUGAGCAGGUUCUUCUCUUGCCAUUACAUCUAUGUGCCUUUGGCUUUCAGUGCCCAAGUAUCAUAGGUCCAUAAUUUGAUAGCAGUGGUGUUUGUGUUUAAACUUUAGCUCAGCUUUCCAAUCAAGAACUACAUACUACUCAGCCCUCAAGGUUUGUAGUUUACAUUUUUGCUGUUAAAAGUCAUUCUCCUUUCCACAGAGAAGCCUCUUUAGGUUUAAUACGCAAAAGUACUGGUUAAAACUUAGAUCUGUUCAAAACUGGGAUGGAUCCUUUGUGUUUCCCAUGCCAGCAAACUUGUGAACAGAUGGCCCCUUGUCAGAGGAGAGGGAAGCCUUUAGUGAGGACCAAAUUAGAUGAUCGUUCUGAAGGAUCCCUCCAGUACUGAGGUUCUGUGAUUCCACUGAGUGUUGUUUAUCAUUGGACUAACCAAAACUAUUACCCUGUGUGCCGUCCACAUGGCUGACCUAGAUAAACAGCACUUCACAGGCUUUGUGGUCAUUUGCCAUAUCAAUGAAUUGCUUUUUGAAUCUUUCCGUCUCGAGCCUAGUAAGUCUGGUUUCAGAUAAAGAUGGUGAAGGUGGUCAUAGUCGUGGUACCAUCUCAUUAAAAACAGAUACCUCAGAUGUUCACCUUCAUGAGUAAAGGAGUAUCUGACUUUCUUGGGAGAGGAAGUGUCAGAGAAUUACAGGCUGGUUUAAAAGUUUUUUUGUUUUUUUGUUUUUUAAUUUACAAUCUCUUUUUCUUUUCUCUCCUAUUCCCUCUUUCCUUCCUUUGUUCUCUGGGAAGCAUGAGAGGGUGAGCUCUAACUAACAAAAACGGGAAACAGUUUGAAAAAAGUAUUUUACAUCUAUACACAUUUUUACUUAAAUGGAUGGCAGUCUUAUGUCGGCAGCAUAUGCCAACAUGAAGUAUGGACCAAACACGUGUGUCACUGUUAACCGUUGUACUCAUACAUUUGUGUUCUGCCGUUUGCCUUGCUUUUUAAAUGACUUGUUCUUCAGUGUACUAUCGUUUUGCAAGAGAAAAUCUAUGAAAAGUACAAAAACUGUUAGUAACUGGUCAGCAGGGAAGGUGCUAGCCCAAACUUCAGUGCCUGCCUAACCACUUUGUCCAUAACCAGGGGCGUGGACUCGGCCACUCGGCUUGCUUGGCCCCACCUCACACCGGCUGAAUGUUUUUCCCUUUCUUCUCUUGAAAUGAGGAAGCUCUCCAAGGGGCUGGCCUGAGGAUGUCACAAGCCUGAAGGUGGAACAGAUUUCUCAAAUGCGGCUCUAGCUGAACUCCUGGCAUUUGACAUGCUCUCUGCCACCAGAUCCCACCCAACCAGACCACCCAGUCUUGACAUUGACGUCCAGAAUGUGCUCCGGUGGCGAUGAGCAGGAGUUUUCUCCUGUGUCACAGUGUCUGUAUCCACUUCUGCAUUCACAUGCUGCUGAACGUUGUGAGUGUCUGCUGCGCUCACAUCCCGCUGUGCUUCUCUCCAACCAAAAUGUACCUGUCGCCACGGCCAGUGUAAAAGACUCUCAACGCUCAGCUGCCUCCGUGGUUUCAAAUAAAUCUCUGUGGAAACCUUCCUGCGGCUGUGGUCCCAUCCAUUGUUGUUGCUGAGCCUCGUGCACUCCGGCCACCCUGCUCUGGGGCUCACUCUGUGGGUGCUGUCCAGUCUGGAGGUGUGGGUGAGUUUCCAGCUGUCUAGACCUCAAAGAAAGAUGCAGUCUGGAGACCAAAGUGAGCUGCUGCUCACCACAGACUCUGAGCACAGCAAGUGGGCUGCGACCAUCUUAAAAAAAAAAAAAACCAAACCUGCUGCCAUUGGGUUGAUGCCGACUCAUGGCAAUCCCAUGUGUAUCAGAGUAGAACUGCUCCAUAGGGUUUUCAGUGCUGUAAUCUUAGAGAAUUAGAUCACCAGGCCUUUCCCCCAUGGUGCCACUGGGUGGACUUAACCUCCAACCUUCUGCUUAGUAGCCAAGCACAAGCUAUAUGUGCCACUCAGGAACCUGUGGCCUUCUAGUCCCCUUCUAGUCCCCUUUAUGUUCUUUGGAUCUGCCCUAACUGUGGUUGAUGUACUUUCCAAAUAAGAACAAAGAGGACUUCGGGCACAUACAGCCAGGUAAAGCCUCUCCUGCGGCCCACAAGUGACCUGCACAAUCUGCAGCAGCCAGUGAGGGGAGUAGCUGGGUGUCCUUCCCACCAGCCCUCGUCCCGGGGUUGACCCCCCUCAGCCUGCCUCUGCGGGCUGCAGCCUCACCUGCAUCCCCCAUUCAGGAGCUCUCACUUUAUCCCUGUGGAAAGAGGGCAGAUACAGUCAUAGGGCACAGGCCUGUAUGUGUGAGCACCAGGGAGAGCAUCACCACCCCAAUGGACACUAACCUCUUGGGCAGGCACACCCGAAACAACCCCUUCUCUGGGGAUAAAGGCUGAUGGGUCUGGCUGAGGGCCUUGGGCACCACUGAGAAACAGCCUGGUGGAUGGCUGGGCUGCACCCACCUGGUUUUCCUUGAGCACCAAGGCUGUAUGCAGACAAUUCUGUCUGUUCACUGGUUUUCUCACACCUGUCCCCGAACUCACGCAAAGGUAAAAUGGUGUGAUUUAGAAGUUUUAUCAAACCACUGCAAGAAUGCCAGGUGUGUUGCUUACACUCCUAAUCUUCAGCAAGUGUAAAACUAGGCCACAUUUCAUUGCCGUGUUUAAUACUCACUGUCCCUUAGUUUUGCUUGUUCUGGCCACAUGCAUGGCCAGGGCAGUCCAGAGCCCCAUGCACACACAUGCUUGGGACCCUACAGUCAUUGUUCCUCCCAUCCCACCUCCCCUCCAGUUGACAAAGUUAAUCUCAAGGGUAGAAUUUUUAAGAACCACAUUCUCAAAUAGUAGGAAAAGAGCCUGCUGCUAAAGGUCAAGGUGAGCUUGUUGACAGCCCCAGUCAUAUUUAUUUUAAAAUAAAUGUUCCUGCUCCCUGUAGGCGCCUCGUGGCUCAUAGGGAGGGGAAGCAGGGUCUGCUCACGGCAGUUCCUGCUCCUUUAUGAAGGCGACUGGCCUGCAUGCUCUGGCCUGGCCUAGUGAAACCUCUGAGCCAGCUGUUCGAGAACUUCAAUUAGCUUCUCCUCUUCAGCCAGUGAGAAGAGGUCCUAGCAAGAGGCAAGUGUGUAAAAACGGGUUUCCGACGUAAAGGUGAGGGUAAAACAAAGAUGUGUGAGCCGCAGCACUGUGGACCAGCCUCUGACCUGUUACUUCUCGGGCCCAGGUCAGCCAUGUCACAGACGCCUGGCGGAGGGGAGGCAGGAGGGGCCACGAGAGUUAGGUGUAGAGCCUGCCCUCAAGGGUCUCACGCUAACAAGGCCCCGCAGAUCAGUGUUAAGCACCACUACAGAAGGGAGACCUAGUAGGGCAGAGAAGAACCAGUUGCUGUCGAGUAGACUCCAACUCAUGGUAGCCCCAUGUGUGUCAGCGUACAGCUGUGCUCCACAGUGCUUUCAAUGGCUAAUGUUUGGGAAAUAGAUCGCCAGACCCUUCUUCUGAGACACCUCUGGAUGGACUCAAACCACCAACCUUUCUUCUUAGCAGCUGAGUGUGGUACCUUUGCACCAAAGUCCCCCAGGGACUCCUGGAGGCAAGCGAAAAGAAGUUAAAGCUGAGUUUUGAGGGAGUCGCAGACAUUCUCUGGGUGGCUGGGGGGAGGGGAGAGGGGCAUUCAAACACAGGUAACAGUAUAGGUGGGAGUUUGGGGACAGGAGAGUGAGGCAUGUUUGGUCAGGCAGGUGAUAGCCGGGGCUGGAUUGUGGCAUGUGUGGGAGAUGAGUGGGAGGAUCCACUCCAGAGAACACCAGAGCUCUAUAACCUCUAGAGCAAGGGUGGAUGUCGUCAAUGAUGGGAACGGAUGCGGAGAAGACCCUGGCUUCUGCCCAGGAAAAGCAUCACUUCCUUAUGCUGCCUACUAUCACGCCUGCCUUCUCUCCUCAGUACUUGAUCCUUUAAGAGUUCCACUGAGAUAAAGAACAAAAACGCAACAGAUACUGCUUCCAAAAAUAGAAAGGAAAGCAGAGUCAUAGUUACUCCCUUCACACCACUGCCUUGCACUGCCCCUGUUCCGCCUGGGACUGGGACCAUCUUUCAUCCCCAAAGUGAGGCUUGCCUCCACUGUGCCCAUAGGUGCCAUCCUUGCCCAGAAUUUUGAUUCUAGGGGAUUUCUGUACUCAGAGGACCCGCCAAGUUUAGAAAGCUAAACAGGAAGGAGAAAAGGGCAGUAGGAGUGUUGGGGUGAUGUAGUCGGGGGACAAAGCACUUUGCAGAACCAACCCCAGGGCAGAGGAAGGAGCCCUGUCACAGUCACAGGAAGGGAAGAAAACCACCCCACAUUUCAGGGCAGGAGAGGCUGCCUCCAGAGGCUGAGCUCCCUGCCACCCAGCACUGUGGUUUAGGGACAGGUUGGCAGCUGCCUACAGAGAUGGGAAGUAAGUUACCAUGGAAGAACCGUAUGCUGGGGUGCACGGUGGCUGCAGAGGACGGGGUGAGCCACAGUGCCGUGUCCACUGCCUGCACCACUGAGCAAAGUCUGUCCUUCAUCCUGGCAUGGAAGCCUGGCAUCAACAGCUUCACAGCUGGGAGAUGAUGGGGACAGUGAACAGGGACAAGUUGAUUAUGAUGGUAUUCUGGAUUAAAGGAAUUUGGGGUGGUUGGCAUCUUUUUUAAUACCAAAAAAAAAAAAAAACCCGUUUAUCACAAAAUGGAAUG